UGCGCUGCUGGCCCUUUAAGAGCGGAGCCUCAGCGAUACUUGAGCGAGGGAGGGAGUAGAGGAGGGCCGGCGUUCAGCGGAGGGACAGACCGAGCCAGCGCGGAGAGAGGGAGGGCGAGAGAGAGAGACAGGGAGGAAGAGAGAGAGAAGAGAGAGAGAGAGAGAGGAGCGGCGGCAGCGCGCGUGAGAGGUUCAAGGAUCACUUCUAUCCCGUCUUGUUUGGGGGACACUAACCUUGUUCGUCUAAGAAUUGUGGGACUGUUUUAUGUUGUUGUUGACGAGAGAAACGGACCCUUACUCCAGCAUGCUCACUGAGCCUGAGCUACCUCAGGAGUGUAACAGGAUGUCUUCCAAGCGACCAGCCUCUCCAUAUGGGGGGACAGAUGGAGAAGUAACCAUGGCAACCAGCAGACAGCGCAUGGAUGACGAGGAGAGUGAGGGACUGGGCGGGGUCAUCCACCUGCCCCUGGCCUCGUACUGCAGCAAAGUGUCCCCCAGAUCGCCCUUGAACCGCAGCUUGGACAGCCCUCCCAACACAGAUCACGACAGCAGUAAGGGGCGCUCCCUGAGCCCUUACACCCAGCACAACGCUACCUCACCAGGAAAAGAGGAGGUCGGAGGCGGCAGUCGGCCCUGCAGUGACGGGGGCUCAGCCACAGGAGCCCUGGGGACCCCCGAGAGGCGUAAGGGCAGCCUGGCAGACGUGGUGGACACACUGAAGCAGCGCAAGAUGGAGGAGCUGAUCAAGAACGAGCCAGAAGAGCCCCCCAGCAUCGAGAGGCUGCUGUCUAAAGACUGGAAGGACAAACUUCUGGCCAUGGGCUCAGGGCACAUCGGAGAAAUUAAAGGUACCCCAGACAGCCUGGCGGAGAAGGAGCGCCAACUCAUGGGCAUGAUCGGCCAGCUGAGUAGCCUGAGGGAGCAGCUCCUGGCGGCGCACGAGGAGCAGAAGAAACUGGCAGCGUCUCAGAUGGAGAAGCAGAGGCAGCAGAUGGAGCUCGCCAAACAGCAGCAAGACCAGAUCGCCCGGCAACAACAACAGCUCCUCCAACAGCAACACAAAAUCAACCUCCUGCAGCAGCAAAUUCAGCAGGUCCAGGGCCAGCUGCCUCCUCUGAUGAUCCCCGUGUUUCCUCCAGACCAGAGGACCCUGGCAGCAGCCGCAGCUCAGCAAGGCUUCCUCAUGCCUCCGGGAUUCAACUACAAACCCGGCUGCAGUGAUCCUUACCCUCUGCAGCUAAUCCCCACAACGAUGGCUGCUGCUGCUGCUGCCACACCAGGCCUUGGUCCCUUACAACUACAGCAGUUGUAUGCCGCUCAGCUGGCCGCCAUGCAGGUUUCUCCGGGAGGGAAGCAGCACGGAGGCAGUCUGGCCUCUCAAGCCAACCUGGGCGCGCACUCACCCCCCUCCAACACACACCUACAGAGUGACAAGGGACGCAGCUCCCCGCCACAGGGCAAGACCAAGGACAGUGAGGGUGCACAGCCACUGAACCUGUCGGCCAAGCCUAAGGCAUCCGAGAGCAAGUCACCCACCUCCCCCCCAACUUCCCCACAGGUCCCUGCUGCCGCUGCUGCCAAGAUGGGCCCGGGCUCCCUGAAGCACAGCAUCGCCCCCUCCAGCAUCGGAGGACCACAGGGCAGAGUCAGCUCAAUAGCAGACCUGUUGUCCUCCCUGACCUCCGGGGCCUAUUUGAAUGAUCACGAGGCUGUGUCCAAGGCCUUUGCAGAGGCCCGGCAGAUGAAGGAGCAGCUCAAGAGAGAGCAACAGGUGCUGGACGCUAAAGUGGCAGCGGUCAGCACCCUUAGCCUCAACAACGGCCGUUCUGAUAAGGACAAGGCAGCACUGGAGAGUCUGAGUCAGCAGCUAAAACAGCAGGCCGAGGACAAGUUCAACCACGCCAUGUUGGACUUUACUAUGAGCGGGGACUCUGACGGCUCCCCCAGCGUGUCUGAGUCCAGGAUAUUCCGGGAAGCCAGGGGGCGGGGCAACAGCGAGCCGCACAUCAAACGACCAAUGAACGCCUUCAUGGUGUGGGCCAAGGACGAGAGGAGAAAGAUCCUGCAGGCCUUCCCCGACAUGCACAACUCUAACAUCAGCAAAAUACUCGGCUCUCGUUGGAAAGCCAUGACAAACCUGGAGAAGCAGCCGUACUACGAGGAGCAGGCGCGCCUCAGUAAACAGCACCUGGAGAAAUACCCCGACUACAAAUACAAGCCCCGCCCCAAACGCACCUGCCUCGUGGAUGGAAAGAAACUGCGCAUUGGCGAAUACAAGGCCAUCAUGAGGUCCCGGAGACAGGAGAUGAGACAAUAUUUCAGUGUGGGGCAGCAGGGUCAGUUGCCGCUCUCCUCUGCGGGUGUGGUGUACCCAGGUGCUCUGUCCAUGGCUGGGAUGCCCUCCCCUCAGAUGCCAUCAGAGCACUCAAGCAUGUCCAGCAGCCCCGAGCCAAACGCCAACCACCACCAGACCACCGGGCUAUCCGGCCUGAAGGGGGAGGAGCCUCGCAUUAAAGAGGAGCUACGAUUGGACGACAGUAAUGGCGAUGCCUAUGACGACUUCGACUAUGAGGAUGAGGAAGCCGACUACGCGAGUGACAACGAGAACCAUAUCACCCAAUAGGACGGCCCCUCUCAAAUACAAGCCAAUCACAACUGGUCAAACACAAUCCCACCAAUCAGGAAGCAGUCUCUUUUUGCCAAUCACCAGUCUUGCGUGUCACAAAUCCAGCCCCCUUUCCCCCUGUUUCUUAAACUAACACAGACUCUUGUUUAAAGAGCGUCCUGUCCCUCAUGAAGUCCUGAUACCAGCAUCUGUCUGACCAAUCGAAUCGAAGCACACGGGACUUGUCACUCACACUGACUGUUACAGAGAAGUGCGCCUCCUAGAGCUUGCAUUGAAAUACUACUGCUACUAUGAGCGAACUGCCACAAAGUGAGACUCAGAAUGCAUCCUUUUAGAGCCGUUUGUAUAAAUAAAAAUAAAAGGAGAGACUAAGGACUUAUCGGGGCUAAAAGACGACACUUUACGAAGGCGGACCUGUUUAUUACUAUCAAGAGACACUUUUAAAAAUACAGCUUUUUGCGUUCUUUGGUUCUAUAAUAUUCUCACUCAGGUACACGGUGCCAAUAAGUGGCUUGUGAAUGUGAUUUGUUGUUUUGUGCUACGAGUUUGAAUAAUAAUAGGAAAAAGAGACUGAUCUUUUUUCCCUUUUGUUGUAAAGCACCUGAACUACAUCCGUUUUGUUAUUUUUUAACAAAGAUAGCUUUUCUUUGACCUCUCAGUCAGUGUGCUGUCAGCAGACGCCCCUUUGUUCACCCUUGUGUUUGGAAGAUAUGUGGGGGGACGGUCCCAACAGGACUAUAUGGGGGGCUGUCCCGCCUUAUUGAGAGUUCUUUUAUAAUGAGUGUGGGGUCUCUCUGGCAUCAUGGAGCAAAACAAGCACCGUGUUAUACGAGACAAUCCAGCAGAUUUCACCUUUCCUCCCCCAAACCACAAACUCAAAAACUACUGUCCGUCCGAAAGUGUUGAUUUUCCCGUAUUUACUGUCAACCUGCUGUCUCCAAGUGGGCGUGGCUGUCCCAAGUGGGCAGGGCAAAGGUUUGGAGCAGCCAGCCAGUCAGUGUUUUGUAUUUGAAUACUGUAUUACUAUUUUUUUUUUUCUUCAAACUGCCUCUAGUCUAAUAAUAUUAUUAACAAUUAUUAUAAGGACGGUCAGCGUAUCCUAAGUUUAGUAAGUUAUGUACAGCUUAAUUUAUUUUUCUCCUCUUCAUUUGGGUUUGUACGACCAUCUGAAGUUAAGACAGUCAAUGAAGCGUUAUCUAUUUAGCCGGUAGGUAUUUAGACAAACUAAAGUUGUCAUUUUAUCUUGCUUUGUUUUGCAUUUCGUUAUGUCCCCUUCUGUAUUUUUGUAUUAUUAUUAUUUUAUUAACCCUGGGGACGGCGGGUGGGCGGAGUUAUAGGACAGUGAGCUGGACUGACAAAACUCGACGCAGCCCUCCUCCAAGCUCAGAUAUUUACCCCAACGUCCAAACCUUUUCGAAAGCACUCACUCUGUGCAGUCAGAGAGAAGAAGAACAUGAGUAUUUUGUUAAUUAUUAUAAUUUUAUUUGUAAUGUUUAUCAUGUAUAAUGUGAAGUUUCCUUUACGUUUCUAUGGAGAUCAGUUUUCUUUUAGGGAACUGUUUUCUGUGAACAAAGAGUUCCAUCUCUGUUUACUUCUCUGAACGCCUCACACAGAACAAGAACAGAACAAGAACAAGUCUGGACCCACAUAUUUUAUCAUUGUACAUGCACAAUCAACUUCAUACACUUAGAAACACUUAAUCAAAUCAUAUGCUGUUGUUUUUUUAUUUUGUUUUUGUUUGUUUUUUUAAAGUUACCCAGUGACAGCAAAGUGGAUACAGUAGGACUUUUGAAUGCAAUCAAAAACGCACUGGUAAAUGUUAUUCAAGUGUGUUCCCAAGGACUUUCAAAUCGAUAACAAGGCCAAAAACACUGCACCAGAGCUGGUUUUAUAACACAGUAAUACAGCUUACAUUCAACUCCACACGCUCAAAGACAAGAGAAAAUCGAUUUGAAACACGGAGCCGCCAGUUGUACUUUUUUUUUUUUUUUUUUAAGUUUAUUUGUCCAUUAUCCAUAUUUUGGGUAAGGUUUUGUCUUAAACAGCACUUCUUAAAUGCUUGUUACCAUUGUAGCUAGCAGACACUAUCAUACUUGCAUUCCAGCUUUAGUUAUAACAUGGAAACGACUCUCUAAUAAUGAAUGUUAACUCCAUUUUGCAACGUGUCCUCUCCUUUUUUCUGUCACUGGGUUAAACUAGUAUUCUUGUCUUACUUUAACACAUCAUCUUAAAUCGGUGUUUACAGGUCCAGCCUCUGUCCCACUGUUGUUGUACGUGAGGUGAACAGAUUUUCUAUAGUAUCUUCUUAUCAGGAGCCCUUUGCUUUGUUUGAGCUCCACGCGACACUUAAAAGAGCCAUGACUACUCUUCAGGUGUGCUGUCCCAUUCGCCCAUUCUCGCUAUAGAUAUCUGCUACUUGGUGCCACAUUUUCUAUUGAGCCUUUAUAUUAGUCUUAACUUGCUGUAAACUAUAGUUAAGUCCCCCCUGUCAUCCCGCUAUGGUUUAGCCCGAUGCUGGAAAGAGGGAGCAACCAAUCAGAGGAGAGCAGGAGCGCGGGUGGGAGGGGCUUCGAGACGUCAAUCAUCCCUGCUGGCAAGGUCUUAUCUAUCUACCCCCUUUACAAGACAAUGACGAUGGAGAUAUUAUUUAAGACAAUCAAGUCAUGAGUGGAGCUCCAAACAAAGUGAGAAUUAUUACAAUGAAAAGUAUCUUACCAUCUCAACUUGAAAAAAGUCAAGAAAGAUAAUUAUGUAAAUAUAACAUAGAGGUAUAGAUUUAUAUUUUGUUCAUAACACAAUGUAAUAUAAGUUGUAUAUUUCUUUUUCUCUCCCUCUGUCUCUUUUAUUGAUGUUAUCCAUGCCACAGAAAAGCAGGAGUCGUCGUACUCUCACAAAAAAAUGAAGAAAAAUAUCAAAGAAAUAAAUAAAAAGAGGAAAAAAACAGUCCGUGGGCUGCCACCACCAUCUGUUCUAAGUUCACUUUUCAGUAUUACUGCCAGACGAGGCUAAUAAAGACAGAAAUGUGUUCGGUUCUAA